AUGACCCCCUCAAACAGCGAUGCUCCUGAGUUUGAGGGCGCCAGCCCCAACCGGUGCAGCCCUAGUGGCCCGGCAGACUGGCUGAGCCCGACUGAGAUCUACAAGGCUGCCAACCUCACUGUUUUUGCUAGCAACCGUCAACACCCGGAUCAGCCAGUGCAGCUGGAUUUCCACUUUGCCCGUGGCAGCCAGGGCGCCUGUCACUGGCAUGGUCUUCUGCAUGGAUGCACCCUUUUCCUGGACACCCCUCGGCUGGCGCUGGACUUCAACAGCCGUGAAAGCUUGACCGCCACGCUGGAAUACACCGAAGAAAAAACCGACGCAGAGCAGGUGCUGGUGAACUUCCGUAAGGCUCGGCAAGACCGAGGCGACUUGCUACGAGCUUUCGGCUUCUUGGGAUUCGAACUCGUGACCCCCGGCCAUCCUGGCCUGCCCCCCUGGGAAGACACCAUCUUCAUGGCUUACCCCCUGGAACGUGAUCUCGGCUGGAAUCCCCAACCCAAGCAGGAAGACGCUGGUGGGGCCUAGAGGCAGGAGGGGGGGGGACCCUGGUGCCGAUGGGGACCCCCGUUUGGAGCAGCUUAAUUUCAGAGCCCCCCUCCAAAAAAGGCAUUAAAGUGGCAUGAACACUUAGCAGUUUAUGACUAGGGAGGGAGGGGUAAGUUAUGGAAGGGGAGAACCUCACCCUUUCCUUGCCUCCCCUCCCCCCCAAUCUUCCAUCCCAUCCCAUGGGAGAAAAUUGGGUUCAAUUUGCAGGCACC